AUAACACAAGAAAUUUUUUCUUUCGCUAAAAAAAGAAUUGAAUAUGAAUGAGGAUGAAGAGAUUAUCGAUAUUGGAGAUGACCAAGUUAAGCAGGAAGCUAUCAAAAAUACACUCUCAAUAGAACAAAUAGAGUGGACAGAACCUGCUCAAACCGUUGAUACAGAUAUGGAUGAAGAGUCUCGGAAAUUGAUUGAACAAAUGCUUGCAGAGGAAGAAUACUAUUAUGGCACAGAUACAAUUUCUGCUUUGAAUUCGACAAAGAAAAAGAAAAGAAAACCAUCUCAACAAGCAGUAGAUUCGCAGACCAAAAAAUCAAAAAAAGAAGGACUGUCUUCUGCUUCUAUGCCCUCACAUAAAACAAGAUGGACAGAAGAAGAAGAUCAGCGAUUAAAAGAAGCAUUAGCUCGAUAUUCGUAUGGUAACUGGAAGCAGGGAAUAAAGAAAAUGAUGAAGAUGAUGACGACGAUGAAUUGUCUAUAGACGAUAACAUGAGUAUCAGUCAUGAAAUAACAGGAACAGAACAAAAAGAUAUACCCGAUGGAAACAGGGACGAGGAAAUGCCUCUCAUUGAAUACAAAGAAGCUGUGCUUGAUAACCAAGAUAAAAUACUUGACAACGAAGACAAUGCACCUUACAACGAAGACAAUGCACCUUACAACGAAGAUAACGAACCUAACAACGAGGAAAAAGUAUCUAGCAACGAGGA